AUGGCUAAUGAACUUUGUCGUUUGGCAUUAACAUCACCAGUUACCACAGCUUCAAAUGAACGAUGUUUCAGCAAGCUAAAAUUAAUCAAAAACCAUUUAAGAACUACUAUGACCAGUUCCCGAUUAAAUGAUUUGAUUAUACUUGAUUCUGAGAAAGACAUUUUAGAUAAUAUUGAAAUGACAAAUAUGAUACAAAUAUGGCAUCGUUAA